AAUGCCGAGCCAGCUCGAGGGCGCCAUGGACGCGCUGAUCACGGUUUUCUACAACUACUCGGGAAACGACGGGGAUAAAUACAAGCUCAACAAAGGCGAGCUGAAGCAGCUGCUGAACAGCGAGCUCACCGACUUCCUCACGUCCCAGAAAGACCCGAUGCUUGUGGAGAAAAUCAUGAACGACCUGGACUCGAACAAAGACAACGAGGUGGACUUCAAUGAGUUCGUCGUGCUGGUGGCCGCCCUCACCGUCGCCUGCAACGACUUCUUCCAGGAGCAGCAGAUGAGAAAGCCAAGUAGAUAUGUCAACAACAACAAAAACUACUGUAAAUCUCCAGCUGAAGUUUGAUCCUUUCCCCUUAGUUGAAUGAUUCGUAAUAGUACCGUCUGAGCUGAGUGUAGCUUUAAUACAGGUGUUGCAGCCUGGAGCUGUUCAGCGUUGUGUCUCCAAAUUGUACUGGUUUUCAUUUUAACUCAACUCCGUGACCUUUGAAUUAUGUACAUUGCAGUUUAAACCGAAAUUCUCCUUUGAAAACCGGUUUUAAAAAAAGCAUG